AUGUCCACAUUAAAUCAACGGUUGUUCCAAUUAGCACAUGCUAAUAGACAUCCAGAAGAUCGUUUAGAUUAUAUCGUAAAACAUUAUUUUCUACGUGCCUCAACACUUCACCAAGCACAUGUCUACGUUACACUCUAUGGCUAUCGAAUAUCACCAGAAUUUUAUGAAGAUGAUGAUGAAGAAGUGAACGAUAUUGUACAUCCACCAUAUGUGAUAGAACAUGAACAAAAUCGCAAAGUCGAAGAAUAUGAACAGAUGAAUGAAGAAUGUUCAUAUGGUGAACAUUAUUGGCAUUCGAUUAAGGAAAUUGAUACAAAUAGAUAUGAUGGUGAAAUCAUUGAAGUAAAUGCUGGAAGUCAGUUAUUUAAAUUAUCGAUUCAAUUCAAAUAUCCUUGUGUUCAUUUACAACAACAAGAACAACUACGAACAGAAAAUGAUCCUUAUUCUUAUAAAUAUAAUAUGUAUCAAUAUGAACAAAACAAGUAUAUUUAUCAGUUAAGAGCAACCAACAAAGAUGAUAUAUUACAAUAUUUAUUGCAACAUUUAGAACAAUUCAAUUUGACUUUGGAAAUUUUAUUAAAUCAAUUCAAUAGAUCGUCUUUGGAUGAUAUAAAGACAUGGAAUGAACUUACUUUACUCUGUGAACAAGCAGUGAAAUGUAUUAUCAAUAAUCAAAGUGAAAUACAACAUGAAAAAAUAAUAUUUAGUUUAGAUGCAAUCACUGAACAAAUUAUAACGCAUAAUUGUGAAAACUAA